AUGGCCGAGGGUUUCGACACAAAUCGCUUUCAGUCCACUAUAGACACGAGCUUUACCUGUCCUAUCUGCUUUGGUGUUUUAAAAGAUCCAAUGCAAUGUGAGAACAACGAACAUUAUUUCUGUUCUGGUUGUAUCAAGAAGCAUCUGGAGAAGACCUCGCAUAGUUGUCCUGUCUGUCGAGAGAAACUGACGGCAGAGACACUGCGUAAGGCACCGAGACUUAUUGCAGAUGUCAUUUCACGUUUGAAGAUCAGUUGCGAUCAUGCAGCGAGAGGUUGUGAUGCAGUUCUUGAGCUUGAGGCUUUACAAGCACACGUUCAGGACUGUGAUUUCAUGCCUGUCACUUGUUCGAAUGACGGUUGUGAUGAAGUCGUGAAUAAACGCGAU